CUUGAAUUCACAAACCUACUCCCGCCUACGUCGACCAUUCAUCACAGUGACAUUUCCUAAAUAAGCAAGGCGAUGCAGUCUCCGCAUCCCCGUCGCAUGCUUAAUGGGGCAAUCCGCGAAAGAUCUCUAUCGCAGCUCGUCGCCGCCAUGGAAAUGAUGAAAGCCGACCCUCAGCUUCUUUCUUCUCUUCAAGAAUUGCUUCUAUCAAUACUGGGACGGUGUGUCCGCCACGGAAGCAUCGACCUUGUGAGAUAUCUUCUAGAGUGUGAAAAGGCACCUGCUGAGUCUCUAUCACCUCUUGCGGUCGCCGCAAACUCCUCCAUCCCCCUUCUAGAGCUGCUCGUGGCCCAUGGUUGGGAUCUCAACAAGGCUGAAGUUGACAGAUCCCUUAAGCGGGGCGAUAAGCUAAUCGACCUCGUCUGCGACGAUCAUCAGCUGGUUUGCUGGUUGGUUGAGCAUGGCGCACGGGUCAUGGAUGGCGAGGCGGACCUCUACGAGAUCUUCCCGCAGCCGGCUCCAUUACUAGAGACAUGCGCUGUCAGAGGCUCUGUUGCAACGUUCCGGCUUUUGCAGAGCAAGGGAGCAUUACUGGGCCACCGGACGCUUCACCGAGCAGCCGGGGAGGCGGCAUCAUUUGGUGCAGACCCUUUCACUUAUCAAGAAGCCCAUGACCAGACAGUUGGAGAUGAUGCAGGGGCAAGAAAUGAGCGAGCAGAAAUGUUGGUGUUUCUUGUGGAUGAGAUGAAGUUGGACAUUAACGCGAUGGACUCUACUGUACCAUAUCGUGCUUACCAUUGGGGGACUCCUCUAUGUUAUGCUGCCGUAAAAGAGAAGGGAGCUCAUGUGGUAAGGUGGCUACUUGAGAAGGGAGCUCAGCCCAAAGUUGAGACUGCACAGAAUGUUGCUGACGCAGAGAUGUUGGCGAAGCUGACGGGGUGCAUAGAGAAUGCGAGAAUAUUGCGUGAGUGGAAGCAGAUCCACUAAGACAGAGGAAGGAUGCUAAACGCAUUUUGUAAUAUGAUGUCGCGUGUUUAGUAGAUAGCACUUCAUGGUUAGUGUACAGGGAGAUUAUGACGCGGUAGAGGGACUGAGAGUAGGUCUUAGGAGAUGUCUUAAUGAAUGGUUUACCAACCCUUACACAGACAUGCCGCAAAUAGGUAUGCAAGCGAAAACACGCCACUGCUUCGCUCGGAUUUGAAGCUCCUACUGAACUCUCAACCCUACAUCUAC